CCCAUCAGCCAUCAACACCACACACAGCUCACCGCAGGCAGCCUCACACAACCCAAAACUAAACGUCGUCUCCGCCGACGGUCCGCGCCCGCUAACCCUCUCUCCUCCGCUACCCGCUUCGCCUUCUCCGGCGGAGAAAAAUACCCCCACCGCGCUCUCACCGGCGACCAUGCCGGCUACGGACUACCAGGGCUCGCCAUCCCACUCCUCCUUCUCCUCCUUCGGCCGCUCCCUGCUCUCCCGGACCCGCGACAGCCCCGCGCACCCCACCAUGCUGCCCUCCGGCGGGGAGGCCGACGUCGACGCCUUCCAGCGCCACGUCGCCGUCACCCUCGCGGACCUCAGGGACGGGGACGACUUCCUCUCCCUCGCCUGGAUCCGCCGCCUCCUCCACGCCUUCCUGCAGUGCCAGGACGAGUUCCGCGUGGUCGUGGCCCAGGCGCGGCGCCGCGCCGGCGGCGGCGCCGCGCAGGCGGAGAGGCUGGUGGCGGAGUACCACGAGCGCGCCGUGAAGGCGCUCGACGUCUGCAACGCCGCCCGCGACGGCGUCGACCAGGUGCGCCGCUGGGGCCGCCUCGCCGGCAUCGCGGCGUCCGUGCUGGCCGCGCCCGGCGAGAUCCACGAGGGCCAGCUCCGCCGCGCGCGGAAGGCGCUCUCCGACCUCUCCGUCCUCCUCGUCGACGACGCCACCGCCGCCGGCAGCGCCGGCGGCGUCGCCUCCUUCCUCGCCUCCCACCGCAACCGCUCCUUCGGCCGCGGCGCCCGCGCGUCCCCGUCCCGCGCCUCCUCCGUCUCCUCGUCUUCCUCCUCCUCCUCCUCCGCGCACUUCCGCUCGCUCUCCUGGAGCGUCUCCCGCACCUGGUCGGCCGCGCGCCAGCUGCAGGCCAUCGGGUCCGGCCUGGCCGCCCCGCGCGCGCACGAGGCGGGGCUCGCCGCGCCGGUGUACGCCAUGGGCUGCGUGCUCCACCUCGCCUCCUGGGCGCUCGUCGCGGCCGUCCCGUGCCCGGACCGCGGCGCCGCGCUCCAGGCGCACCACCUCCCCGCCGUCCCGCCGCGCGCGCCGUUCGCGUGGGCGCCGCCGCUCCUCGCGCUCCAGGACCGCCUCACCGAGGAGGGGAAGCGCAAGGACAGGCGCAACUCCUGCGGCCUCCUCAAGGAAAUCCACGCCCUCGAGAAGUGCGCGCAGAGGCUCGCCGAGGCAAUCGACGCCGCGGCCACCCCGCUCUCCUCGGAGAGCGAGGCCGAGGUGCGGGAGGCCGCUGCAGAGCUCGCUGCCGUGUGCGCCGCCAUGAAGGACGGACUGGAGCCGCUGGAGAGGCAGGUCCGGGAUGUCUUCCACCGCAUUGUGCGCAGCCGCAUGGAGGGUUUCGACUCGCCGAUGUCCAACGCCGAUUGAAGAAUCCACAUACAUUUUGAUCGCGCAUUGUGCCGGUGAUAGGUAGCUUCCCUGCUCGUGGUUUUUGCUCACCCGUGAGUUGUGAAUUGUGAUCGGGGAGUAGUAUUGUGUAUCCUUCUGUAAAGGAAGGGGAAAGGGAAGGAACUAUCUUUGUCUUGUAAAGAUGAUCCCUUCUUCUCAUGUUUUGAUGCUGCAUUUCGUGUGUAUCAUCAAAUUUUGUUAGUCGUGUGCGGCUAAUUCUUCA